GGGAGGAUAACAUGGAGUAAAAUCGGAUACAUUUCACUCCUUGUAUAUAAAUCUGCCGAAUUUUGUGCAUUCCGUUGACUUUUUCCAAAAUCUAUUGGGCUGGCGAGUAACUGUACUAACUGCUGUACUUAUCUAUUGGUCUCCCAUAGAUCUCGAUAACCAUGACAGACGUAUCGAGACCAGUCCCCGCUGCCAACGGCGCGAAUGAUGAUGACGAUACAUUUGAGCAAGACCUCAAAGACAUGUUGAAAGACGGUCCGAUCCUCGACAAUAAUAGCUCUGGCAUCCAGGAUGGUAACCCGCAUGAAACAGAAUCUGCACGGAUACCGACCAACUUGCCGAAGUCUACGAUACCGAGGUCCUACACUGUGCCACCUGGCACAAUUUGGUCAAGAUCGACUGCUUUGAGAGCGUUGAGAAAUAAAAUAGUCUCUGCCACGACGAAUGUUCCAUUGACGAGUCCUCAGCGAAACGGAGAAGGCAAUCGACCAAAGAAACCUGACUUCUCAGGAUUCAACGCCUCAAAACUGGAAGGUAUCAAGAAUUGGAGUAUGAACACGUACAAGUGUACGCGGCAAUUAAUAUCGGAAAGAUUAGGGAAAGCUUCAAGGACUGUGGAUCUCGAGCUCGAGUCGCAGAUCGAAGUCUUACGAGACACGCAGCGCAAGUACGCCAACAUCUUGCGCCUCGCUCGAGCUUUAACUAGUCAUUUUUAUCACGUGGUUCAGACGCAGCGGCUGUUGGGCGACGCGUUCUCAGAUUUGGCGCAGAAGUCACCGGAGCUGCAGGAGGAGUUCUGUUACAAUGCCGACACGCAGCGAUCGUUAUGUAAAAAUGGAGAAACUUUAUUAGGGGCAAUGAAUUUCUUUACGUCUGGUGUCAACACAUUAUGUAACAAGACCAUGGAGGAUACAUUGACAACGAUCAAAUCGUAUGAAACAGCGAGAAUUGAGUAUGAUGCUUACCGCGCUGACCUGGAAGCCCUCCAGCUGGGACCAAAGGAUCCAACGACCCAAGCAAGGGCCGCCGAGGCAAAUGUCCAAUUCCAGAAACACAAGGAGAAGUUUGAUCGUCUCCGUGGCGACGUUUCCAUCAAAUUGAAAUUCCUGGAAGAAAACAAGGUGAAGGUCAUGCAUAAACAGCUGCUGUUGUUCCACAAUGCCAUCGCUGCGUACUUCUCCGGCAACGAGGCCGAGCUGGAGGCAGUCAUGAAGCGAUUCAGCAUCAAGUUGCAGCCUCCAAAUGCGUCCACACCCUCUUGGUUGGAACAACACGAGUAGAUUGCCCGCUGCUGCUGCAACUGUGUACAUUGCCUUUGAUGUGUAUAUAUUGUUCUUUGCCCAAAGUUGCUGGACGGUUGUGUACAUUGAUGUGGUUUUCCAUACAGGGUCAGGGUGGAAGGUAUUUGUAUGGUUUUCCAUACAGGGCCAGGGUGGAAGGUAUUUGUAUGGUUUUCCAUACAGGGUCAGACUGGAAGGUGUUUGAAUGGCUUUCCAUACAUUAUCAAGGUGGAAUGUAUUUGUAUGGAUUUCCAUACCUUGCAUCCUGCUGUGGUUUUCCAUACAGGGCCAGGGUGGAAGGUAUUUGUAUGGUUUUCCAUACAGGGUCAGACUGGAAGGUGUUUGAAUGGCUUUCCAUACAUUAUCAAGGUGGAAUGUAUUUGUAUGGAUUUCCAUACCUUGCAUCCUGCUGUGGUUUUCCAUGCAGGGCCAGGGUGGAAUGUAUUUGUAUGGUUUUCCAUAUGAGUACAUCCUGACUCCACUUCAAAUUGUGACUUGAUGACUUGAUCUCAGCUGCCUUACAUUGUAGUUAUAUACAGACAGGUUUGCUGGGGUAAGCUGAUCACGAUGCGUAUGUGUAAGUCUUACAGAAAUAAGAAUGCCUGCAGUGUAAAGCAGUUUGAAUAGACACAAUUCUGGAAAAUGGUCAGCCUGCCUGAGACUGAUGCUGCACUGUUUUCACGGGCUACAACACCAGACAAGGGCUCAACAGUUGUUCGUAUGAUAUUGGUCAUUCUCUUGUCCAGUAGUCUUGGCCGUCUUCUUGAAGCUUGCCUAUCCAUAUUCUGGUCAUAGUCAUCUUGAAUCAGUGAGCUCUCUACUGUAUGAAGUCAAAAGAGGCCGUGCACAUGACGUCAUCAAAUAAAUAUGCCAUUUGGAUGUCAGAUUUACAACAAAUAUUGCAGUAGUGAUGUGUGGCAACGUCAACAAAGACGUUAUCUUCACGUGGCAAACUUUGUUGGUAAUAUCAGCACGGUCGUAGCCACAGACUGACGUCCAAAAUGGCUACCGAAAUGACGUCUCUGCAUGACCUCUAAUCAUAGCCAAAAGAAGAAUUUAUCAUUAUAAACUGUCCAUGUUUGCAUCUUCACGCGAGAAAAUAUUGUUGAAAUUUUUUAUUUUUGGCUCUCUGUAAGUGUAUUUUGCUGUACAAAUAAGAUUGUUUUUGAGGUGUUGGCACGAUCACCUUAACUGAUUCAGUGUAUUGUUGUUGUGUUCGUAAAUGUUAAGAUUACGGUACCCUUUAUUUGGUUGGAUUUGGGGCUUUAGGGAGAAGCGUUUGGUUCACUCACAAUACAUGUAUAUGUGAGGGCUAAGAAGUAAUCAAUUUGUAACCAUUCAAUAACUUGGAAAGUCUGGGCUUCAGCGACUGUUGCAUUGUGGUAUUUCUCAAAUUGUUACAACUAUUUGAGACAGAGUUAUUAUUCAAUGAAUGCUGGCCUGUCAUCUCAAACUUUACAGAUAUUUCAUCGAUUCUUUACCUUGAAAUAAUAAUUUAUGACACCCAAGAAUAUAAAUAGCUGUUGCUAUGGCACUUGAAGGGAAAUUAUCAGAAUGGGGCAAUUUGAGUAAAAAAGCGUGGAAUCUCAUGAGAUUGUUUGAACAGUCAUGAAUCAUAACAAAAUUCAGGUUUGUACAUAUGAUUAUUUUUGAGUUCUAGACUUCAAGGUAAUUUGUAUCAAAAAUAUGACAACUUUCCAUUGUAUAUAAAUCCUAGGGGUUUGGGCUGUAUAAAGUUAAGAUGUGUGUAUUUCACUACUUGAAACUUAAUUGGUUCACAGAACAAUCUACACCCUAAAUGUUUAGUUUGUUGCAUUUAGAUACACCCUGUAUUAUUUAGGCAUGACAUUUCUCUUAUGUUUUACUGUUGCUGUUUCUCAAUCUUGACUAUUGAGUUUUAUUUUGAUUAGUUAGCUGGCUUUUGUUGACGGUGGAGAUUUCUGAAAGCGACAUUCCUAGAUGUUGUUUGAUUUGCAGCAAUGGCAUCACGUCAUUUAUCGCCCAUUCUUGUACUGGGUGUACAAAAAAUCAGUUCACAGAAUUCAGAACAUAUUUCUGUUACUUGUGUAUAGAUUUGCGUGUAAUAUAUUUUCAGAAUUUCUUCGAAUUGAUCCUUAUUAUGGCAGUUGUUAUGUAAUCAUUUCAUUCACUGUAAUUUAUUGUUGUGGUGCCGUCUUGUUGAUUAGAAAUGUAAGAUAUUUGCGGUGUUGGGAUGCCCCUGCUUGCAUGUGAGCUGUGGACACAGUCCUUUUUCUUGGUAGGGUCAGUAUAGCAAACAGUACACAGACGACAGCAGAUAACUAGUGUCAACUACAUCUACUUUUACAUGAAUGCUUUCAAAGUGACACUGUAGAAAUGCUGUUGUAGGAAAGUUUCUGAAGACAGCAACUAUUUCAUGUUGUACUCAAACCCACUUAUGUAGGCUGAUAAGAUGUCAGCCUACAAUGUUACAUAACUGGGUUUGAGUACAAUAUGAAAUAGUCCAUGUUGUAGGCUGACAAUGACAUCUUAUUGAAGCGACGAUACUGGGUGGCAGGUGCCAGCAUAAAACUUGGAACCCGUUGCCUAUCGUUAGAACCCAAUUUAUUAUUGGGAAGGUCAUUCUUUACGAGCCAACUGACUUUGUGAAUUCACCAGUUUAUCUGCUUUCUAGAAUGUGCUGUUGGCCGAGUGUAUAUUUAUUUUAGCAGAAUGAGAUGCCAAAUCAGAGUCUAUGUUGACGAGAUUAUAUGAUUAGUUUGUUGCUGGUUUAUUAGCCGUGGGUGUUAGUGUUUUCAGUCAUCUUUGUGAAGCCCUUUAUUUUCGUGGCCCAACAUGUAAAAUUUUGCAAAAAAACAUCCGUUUCAAAUUUGGUUUCCAUUUUAUUCUGCAUGUGUGGCGUUUCUUUCGCACCUAGACAUCUUAGCUCAUUUGUUUACACUUACUUUCCCUGAUGAAAGUAAACAAAUCUUGUUUUGGUGUAAUGUGUGAAAAUCACCCUAAUUCAUUGAAAAUGGUGUUCUGGUGUGUGUGUGUGUUUUCUAUGAGCCCCUUUUCUUCAAGUAUUGGAUCUUUUUACAUGUUGUCCCAAAUUGUGUCAUCAUAAUACAUUCCUGUUGUAGAAAUCUCAACUUCUCAGCAACUUGUGAGCUUAAACACCCACUGAGGUGUGGAAAACUAUGUGUACCGUUUGGCCAAGGUUAAUUUAUAACAAACUUGUUGUGCUUGUCUUAACACUUUCAGCGCCCAGCCAUAUUUAGCGUACUUCCCCCAGGGGCCAAGGUUACGCCCCUUUUUACCCUUUUUCAAAAUUAUGAAAACAAUAGAAGGAAUAAAGAUAAUUACAUGAAAUUUUCUGUGUUGGUUCUUCUUUGUUAGAUCUCUUUACAAUGCUAAUUUGGAAUGAUAGUCAGCAAAGCACUUGAUUUUGCACAAUGGUACCCCACACAUAGAACAGUAAUAUCUGGUGUCUUUCCGAAUACCCACUUUUUGGCAUACUCUCGGCUACAUCUGCCCCCGUCAUCAAUCUUCGACCCGCCAUUGCGCCUAUUCGAAUGCAGACAAUCUUGGCUAUAAAUAGCACAUUGGCUGAACAUCAUACUAUCACUUCAAGCGCUGUAUAGUUAAAUUGUUUUCCCCUAUACUGCGCUGCUAGUCGCCUCGAAGACAAAGCGGGAAAUUUAAAAACGCGACGUAAUAUUACGUCGGAUGGCUCAACCGUGUGAACUUGCAAGACGUAAAAUUACGUCAGAUGGCGCUGAAAGUGUUAAGAUAAAGUGUGAGAAAACAUUUUUCCUGUUUGCAAUUUGAAUUUGAAGUUUCUAAAUGCGUGUCUUUGAUUCAGCAGUCAAUUACUGUAAAACUGUUCUUAUUCAUUUGCCUUAAAUAUAUAACCAAUUUCCUAUCUUUUUGGACCAAAUCAACUUCUCUUUGAUUCAAGGAACAUCAAAUUUCUAUGUUAAAGAAAGCCUGUGUUUUAUACUAUGUAAAUGUCCUCACCUAUUCUUGUCUGUUACUCUGCAUUUACCCCUUUGAGGACGAAAACCUUCCUGAGAGUGUCUCGAAAAACCCGGGGAUUCUCAGAGCGUCAGAACCUAAAAUUGUUUAAAUUUUGUUUGUGGCUGUCUUUUGUUGAUUUUAGAAAGUCGUCAUUUGGCAUACAUUGUACCCAGGCAUACCUGACCUUUAAUGUAAUUUGACUAGCUUUGACUUUGGCAGAACUUGGGCAGUUUCUCUCAGUCCUCUUAGGGAUAAAACUAUCCAUGCUUUGCAUGAAUGGGGUGUCGGUGUAUGAUAUCUAUAAAUAGUUUAAACAAGCCAUUUGUUGUGUAUGUAUAUUGGAAGUUUUAUAUAAAGGAUUGGGAAUAAAGUACAACUUGAAAAGAGUAGGUUCCCUAUUUCUCGAUAAAAAGUUAAAAAAAUAUUGUGAGCUCUCCCAACCAACUUAGUACUGUAUUUAGAGCACUAGAGGAAGAAAAUUUGGUUAGUUCAUGCUGUUUGGAAGAGUUUCAAGGCAGUAUGGGCCAACUUGUUUAUUCAUAAAGAAAAAACUGGGAAAGUGGUCAAAUAUAUGCUUUUUACUCGAACUAAAAGCAAUUCUUGUUUGAGAAUCUUGCUUCUAGUUCAAAUGAACUUUGCUAGUUGAAUGAAAUUAUGAUUUAUUUCAAGAAAAAAAUUUGUAAUUUAUUUGAAUGCGUCAGAUCUGCUGUUAAGGCCUAAAGCUGGUUUGGGACUCCUAAAAUAUUCCUAACUGAAAGGUAAGGCUUUUCAAAUAACAAAAAAGAGAUGCAAUAUCAUGCAAGACUUUGGGUAGACAAUUCAAAUUUCAGAACAUUCGGGCCAACAGUAAAACUGUGGUGUCCAAAGAUAUCAAAAUAUAUCCUGGAUUUAUUUUCAGUGGCCAUAAAUUCCAAACUAGGCCAUUUUGCUCAGAUUUGCCAAACGGAUACUUUUCAUUUUGUGAUGAAACACUACAAUUGUUUCUCACAGGCUGGUUGUUGGUGUGAUGUGUAUUGCUCUCUAUGUUAUGGAAAAGUUAUACGAUCUCAGCUGGUCUCCAGAUGAGCAUUAGUCCUUAUCAGCAAUACCUGUCAGUCCUGUAGAAUUCCUAAGGAAUUGUCAUGAAUAGUUCAAGAUGUAAUAUAUUAUUUUAUCAUGCUUCCAGUGAACAUGAAAAGCAUAUUAAAUCUGCAUCAGCUAAGCUAUGUCUUCUGUUUUGCACUUUUUGAUACAAGUUGCCCAAGCACAACCCAUCCCAGGACCUUGUAUGCAAUAUCACAGCUUCUUAGCCUUGCAAUACCAGGCUUAAAUUGCAGGCUGCUCCUCCUUGCAG